AUGAAAGGGAUAAUGCGUUUCGGUAAAAAUGGGAAGCUAAGCCCGAGGUACAUAGGCCCCUUUGAGAUCUUAGAAAGAAUUGGUGUUGCAGCCUACAGAUUAGUACUUCCACCUCACUUGUCGGCAGUGCACAACGUGUUUCAUGUCUCUAUGCUACGGAAGUAUGCCCCAGAUCCUACACAUGUUUUGGAGUAUGAGCCUCCUCAGAUUCGAGAUGACCUCAGCUAUGAAGAAUUUCCAGUGAGAAUAUUAGCACAGAAGGCCCAAGUUCUACGACACAGAACUAUUCAAAUGGUCAAAAUGAGUCCCAGUUGUAGGUCUCUCUCUGUUGCCGACUUAGACAAAGUCGCUGGCAUCCAGUGA